CCCAGAUGCGGAGCUGCUGCCUCGGCUUCCCCGCCCGCUGAAGGUUAAAUCUAUAACAAUGAAGACUGUUGCUGCGUUUACUUCUGGGAUUAUUGUUUUCCUGUUUUCUUUGGUGCAAAGGACCAGUGGACAAUGUAAAGAAGCAGCUAUAAAGUCAGAGAUGAAUGUGAGCAUCAAUUAUCAUCUUCCUCAUUUUAUCACAGAAACACCAAUACAGAAUAUAGUUUUAUAUAAGCAUCAUAUCUAUAUCGGAGCAGUCAACAAGAUCUAUGUCUUAAAUGAAAAUCUCCAGAACAUUUCUGUGUACAAGACUGGACCCGUGCUGGAGAAUCCUGAUUGUGCACCAUGUGAAGAUUGCAAAGAGAGAGCCAAUUUGUCCAAUAGUUUUUGGAAGGAUAAUGUCAACAUGGCUCUGCUCCUAGAAACGUACUAUGAUGAUCAGCUCAUCAGCUGUGGUAGUGUAACUCGAGGUGUAUGUCAACGUCACAUCAUUGACCCUGACAACCCAGCAGACAUAGAAAGUGAAGUGCACUGCAUGUACUCAAAGCAGAGGGAUGGUGAGUCAGACAGCUGCCCUGACUGUGUUGUAAGCACUUUAGGAACCAAAGUUUUGGUAACCGAAAAGGACAGAUUUGUAAACUUUUUUGUUGGGAAUACUGUCAAGUCUUCAUUUCAACCACAGCAUGCACUACAUUCAGUGUCGGUUAGAAGGUUAAAAGAAACCCAGGAUGGUUUUGAGUUUCUCACAGAUCAUUCUUAUAUGGACAUUCUCCUACAGUUCAGGGACUCUUAUCCCAUUAAGUACGUCCAUGCCUUUGAAAAUGACCACUUUGUCUACUUCCUAACAGUCCAGCGUGAAUCUCUUGACUCCCAGGCUUUUCACACAAGAAUCAUCCGUUUCUGCUCUUUUGAUUCCGAAUUGCGCUCUUACAUGGAGAUGCCUCUUGAGUGCAUUUUCACUGAAAAGCGGAGAAAGAGGUCAAUUCGAAAUGAGAUAUUUAAUGUUCUGCAGGCUGCGUAUGUCAGUAAGCCAGGUGCAGUUCUGGCCCAUGAAAUGGGGCUUAGCGUGAACGAUGACAUUCUGUAUGGUGUCUUUGCACAAAGCAAGCCAGACUCUUCAGAACCAACAAACAGAUCUGCUGUCUGUGCAGUCUCUGUCCGAACAAUCAAUGAAUUCUUCAACAAGAUUGUAGACAAGCAAAACAUGAAAUGUCUUCAGCACUUUUAUGGGAAAGAUAGCAAAUACUGUUUGAAAAGGACAUUUUCAAGAAAUGCCUCGUACUGUGAAGCACAAGAUGAUGAAUAUCGUCUAGAGGUUACGACUCCUUUGCAACGGGUUGACUUGUAUAUGGGGCAAUUCAACAGUGUCCUGCUAACUUCAAUAUCCGUCUUCACCAAAGGGAAUCUUACUGUUGCUAAUCUGGGAACAUCUGAGGGCCGCUUCAUGCAGAUAGUGAUUUCCCGUUCAGAAGCUACUUCACCACAUGUGAAUUUUCCCCUGGACUCCCACCCAGUCUCCCCACAGGUUAUUAUUGACCAUUCAUUAGGAGCAGAUGGCUAUACUCUAGUUGUCACCGGAAUGAAGAUAACCAAGAUUCCCUUGAAUGGACCAGGCUGUGAUCACUUCAAGUCCUGCAGUCAGUGUCUUUCAGCACCUCCUUUCAUGCAGUGUGGCUGGUGUAGUGAUCGGUGUGUGAGGUCCUGGGAGUGUGUUAAAAGGAUGUGGACCCAGGACACAUGUUUGCCAAGAGUUUAUGAGAUUGUCCCAAGGAGCGCUCCAUUAGAAGGCGGAACAAGACUUACAGUGUGUGGCUGGGACUUUGGAUUCAGCAAAAAUAAUAGAUUUGACUUAAAAAAUACAGCAGUCCUUAUAGGAGGAAAGCCUUGUACUCUGGAAUUAAAAGUUAGCAAUAAAAACAAGCUAGAAUGUACUGUUGCUGCUGCAAAGAACCCCAGUUUUAAUAUAACAAGCAGUGUUUCAAGUGGACAUGGCAUAUCUUCCUUCAACACAUUUUCCUAUGUGAAUCCUGUAAUAACAAGUAUCUCUCCCACCUAUGGUCCCAAGUUUGGUGGAACAUUAUUAACAUUAUCAGGGAAAUACUUAAAGAGUGGAAAAUCCAGAGAGAUUUACAUUGGUGGAAAACCAUGCACCUUAAAAAGUGAAUCUGAUAACACUGUCAUGUGUUACACACCUGCACAAGGAACUUCAUCAGAAUAUCCUGUUAAAAUGGAGAUUGAUUUAGCUAUUCGAGAAGUUAAGGGUCAUUUUACAUAUAAGGAAGACCCUAUUGUUUUUAAAAUUCAUCCAGCUAAAUCUUUUCUUAGGUGA